AUGCUCAGUGAGUUACUGGUAGCAUCGAUCGCUGCCCCAAUUAAAGCUCCAAACACUUCUGUUCCCAAAGAUGCCGGCAUAUUCAUACACGAAUUCUUGCCGUUGCCCGCGCAGCGCCAUAUCUUAAAGAAAAGUGCAACACCACCGAACUGCCUCGCGAUCAGCGCGACACAUAUCUUUGCCGCUCAGGCUGAAAAGGCUGUUGUACAUGUUUAUAAUCGAGAAAAGGGGAGUCAAGAGGCUAUCAUACCGUUCCAAGAAAGGAUACAUGCAAUUGCGCUCGCGGUCGAUGAUACCGUUCUAGCAUUGGGCACGCAGACUGGACGAUUGCUGCUUUGGGAGAUCUGUACAGGGCGUCUUGUUGUUGCUCCUGUAUCCCACCUCCAGGAGAUCACCGCCGUCGUCGUCGACCGGUCAUCGAACUUUCUCCUCACAGGCUCUGCAGACUCAAGCGUCAACGUCUGGUCCCUCCCUCACCUGCUCUCUUUUUCCUCCGGCACCGAGUGCAAAUCCCCCCUCCGCUCUCUAUCCUCACAUCGUGGCGCAAUAACAUCUCUUGCUAUUGGCCACUCCUCGACCUCCGCCAAUAUCGCCGUCUCCACGUCGGCUGACAAUACAGCCAUAAUAUGGGAUUACCAAACCGGCACCCUUCUCCGCACAUACCUUCUCGGCGACACGCCCCUCGCCACAGUCCUCGACCCUGCUGACCGCGCCUUCUACACCUCCUACGCCGACGGCUCCGUACAACUCAUCGACUUCUUCGACCCCCCGUCUCCCACAGAUGCCCUCCGCUCCACCACUCCCAACACCCCAUCCUCCGUCCUCGAGCCCCCCAAAUCCUCCCGCUGGCACCUCACCGCCGAAACCCUCUCCCUUGGCUCCGCCCAAUGCUUGACUUUGUCCUGGGACGGCACAACCCUGCUCUCAGGCCACGCAAGCGGCAAAAUCGCCACCUGGGACGUCGCGCGCGGGCGCUGGGCAAGCACCCUGGCAACACUGCCCGGCGCAGUAACAAACAUCUCCAUGCUCGCACCAACAGGCUUCCCCGCAGGGUCCUCACAGGCCGAAGGCCCCAAGACCAGAAUAUCAAACGUCGUCAAGCCGCGCCUCGACAUCGCCCUCGACACACCCGGGCCCGUACCUGCCUCAUACACCCUCACCAUAUCCUUCCCCACUACCCUCCUAACGCCCAAAAUCUCCCUCUCAAUACCCGCCACGGACCCCCCUAAGAACGCCUUCGAAGAAGCCCUCUCACACACAACAUUCCCAGACUCCCUCCUCGCAUCCAGCCUCGCCGAGAUACACGCCUGGUCCACAUCUGCGCCCUCGCACCUCAACAAUAAUGUAUCGUCAUCGAGUGAUUUCCUGGGUCUGGACAACGACGACACGGCGCCCGCGGUGCCGGUGCUCAGCGAGGCGGAGCGCGUGGUGGAUUUGGAGGCGCGGCUUGCGGCGCUGCAGCGCGUGCAGAAGGUUACGUUUGCGCAGCUGGCUGAGCUGAGACGGGAGAGGGAUACGUGGGGCCCGGGUAAGGAUCGCGCUGAUGCGCGGACUGCGGGGCAGAAGGGUCAGGGGAAGAAGGGGGAUGAGAUGGAUGUGGAUAUGGAUGUGGAUGGGCCAGUAGCAGUCGAGACGGAAGGAACUGAGGAGAUGAAUGGGAGGCGGAAAGGUGGUGCACGGCAAGCGAAGAAUGGGCGAUUGAGUCGGUGA